AGAGAGAGAGGGAGGGAGGGAGGGAGACGAGACAUUCUUCUUUGGCGGCAAACCAAGUUGAAACUCUUCACUACUUCGGCGUUUCGCCUGUCUGUUCGCCGGUUUCGUUGCCAUACCGAAUGGCGUUCUCGGCGCCCGCGCCCUUCGUUCAUUCCGCCUCCUUUAACCCCGUCGCUUCUCCUGCUCCGUCUCCGGCGUCCUCUUCUUUGCCGUGUCGGAGUACUUCGAGGACCCAGUACAGGAUUCCGGUGAUGGGUCGUCGGAGCUUUCCGCGGAGGUUGUCGGUUCGGUGUUCUUCGCUGGAGUCCAACCCGGACCAUAUGAACUCAAGGCAACCUCAAAUAUCUUCUCUGGGUCCUUUUGGAGUGUCAAUGAGGGAAUCAAGCAUGGCCAAACCCUCAGUCAGAUGGCGGAGGGUGUUGCUUAAAGUGAGUGGAGAAGCACUUGCAGGUGAUCAAGCUCAAAACAUUGAUCCAAAGAUCACAAUGUCUAUAGCGAGGGAGGUUGCAGCUGUCACUCGUCUGGGCAUUGAGGUUGCAAUUGUGGUUGGUGGUGGGAAUAUCUUUCGCGGAGCCUCCUGGGCAGGAAGUAGUGGCCUUGAUCGUUCAUCAGCAGACUAUAUUGGGAUGCUAGCAACUGUCAUGAAUGCUAUAUUUCUUCAAGCGACAAUGGAGAGCAUUGGCAUUCCCACCCGUGUCCAGACUGCAUUUAGGAUGUCUGAGGUUGCGGAGCCAUAUAUACGUCGAAGGGCUGUGAGGCAUUUGGAGAAAGGGAGAGUUGUGAUUUUUGCAGCCGGAACUGGGAACCCAUUUUUCACCACAGACACUGCAGCAGCCCUUCGCUGUGCAGAGAUUAAUGCGGAGGUGGUAUUGAAAGCUACGAAUGUCGAUGGGGUAUAUGACGAUGAUCCUAGGCGCAACCCAAAUGCCCGUCUUCUCGAUACACUGACUUAUCAUGAGGUUACCUCGAAGGACCUCUCGGUCAUGGAUAUGACUGCUGUUACGCUAUGCCAAGAAAACAACAUUCCUGUCGUCGUCUUUAAUCUCUCCGAACCAGGCAACAUCUCAAAAGCAAUAAGGGGUGAGAGGGUGGGUACUCUGAUUGGGUCGACGCGGAACACACCAGUCAGUAUGUCAUAAAAUAAUGAUUCAAGUUGCUGGCUUUUCAAGUUGAAGUUGAACAUUUUGCACUCUAGGAUGUUUUUGUUACAUGGAACAAGCAAUUGGAUGUUCUGAGCAUCAAGAGGAAGGUUGGGAGGGGAAAUAUGACCUCACUGGCAUUUUGCAUUUUAUCAGAGUUUUUUUCUUAAAGUGUGCUAUCUGUAAAUAAUUCCUUUAUUCGCUGACAAAAAAUUUUAUCAGAAUUGGAUUUAUUUACAAAAAAGACAUUGUUCAAGUCAA